AUGGUCACCAGAGGUCUUUGGAAUCUGCAUAUCAACGUGUGCUUACCAUGUGUUACAGGCAAAUGGUUUCGCUAUUGUCAUUCUCAAGCACGUACCAGCUCUCCAGGCGAGAAAGCCACAUUUCAGAAAAUAAAACAGCUUCAAGAGGAAAGGAAUACUGAUGAUUGGGAAGAAGUCCCUUUCCCCAGCCCACCCCAUUCCAAAACCAACGGGAUUAUACCAUCGGUUUUCCGAAUCGAACUUGCAGAGGUUGACGAGGCUUCGGAUCUAUCGCUUGAGUGUCUACUUCAGAAAGCAGACAGACCUUUAGAGCGAUUUCUAAAACUGACAUUUGAAAAGCAAACCGAGCCUAUUGUCUCUGACGAUUUGAAGAUCAACAUCGAUAUGCCAACGCCGUUGAAUGAGCUCCAAUAUCGGCUCUUUACGGACUUUAUCUUUCAAUGGAGGCUUUAUGUUGAUGAUCACACAUUAUGGCAGUACCCAUCAACACUGCUUAAUACACUUGUUAUUGGUGUUCUACGUCUUGCUGCGUGGGAUCUUGAAGUAACACACGAGAGCCUUGAUAGCCGAGUUGAGCUGCCAAUCAAUUUUAGAUCUGUUUCAGGCUGGGAGAGUACAGAAACAGAUAUGUUUUGGUAUCACGGUUUUCUCGUCGUUGUCUGUGACACACUUGAUACGAACUCAUCAGCGACUGUAGCGGCUCUCAGAGUGCAGCAGAAGGCUCGAUUAAUCCUUGUUUCAUCGCGCCACGUUCAAUUCGUUGAGCUUUCACCAGAGUCUAUUAUGAGCUCUGAGGUGCUCCCACUAGUUGUCAAUACAUCAGCAGAGCAAUGCUCACCUGGUUUCCGUGCACUUACACAUGUUUUGUCUUCCUCCUGCUGGAAGAAAUCACUUGCUCACAGGGAAAAGUGGGGUAUAAAUUCGCCUCCUGAAAUCUUCGAUAUGAUGCUCAGAGCACUGAGACCUCGAGACAUUUUGUCCUUUUGCAAAUCUUCUUUGGCAGUUGAGUAUUGGUAUUAUACUUCACUCCCCCAGCUUGGUGAAUUCAGAGUAUGGCACUUCGACUCAUCAGUUCCGUGUUGCGGUCAUUUAGAUACAAUGGAUGCUGCUGUUUAUUGCACCUUGUGCUAUGUCUGGAAACAUACAAAGUGCAUUGGCUUGGCUUGCACCCCGCCUGGUCACCAGUACAUAUGUCCUAAUUGCCACAAGAGCAAAAAUCGCCAAAGCCUUGCCCCCGGCGGUAUUAAUGCAACGAGUCGACGCAAAAGGAGAGGCCCAGGGUGUCGCGUCAGAGUUGCAGGCCGUCAUAAAACCCUUAAAUUGCGUCUUUCUCUGCCUACAGAUCUCCGACCAGAACGUCGGCUUCUUGGGAAUCGUGACCCCGCAUCACCAUUGUUCAUCGACUAUGCAAUACGAUUUGGGGGCGCUUUCUCGGGUUUAGCAUAUGGACUGGUUGAAGACUUGUGUCAAACUCAAGAUAGCUAG